AUGUCCUCUGCAUCUACUGUUCCCGAUCUUGCGUCCAAAAUACGCAAAUACGAUGCAACAUCAUCUUGCAGUGAUGAUUCUGUCACUCGUAUGAAUAGCAUAAUUGAACAAUUUAACCUGAUUGAAUUACCGUUGGAAAGUGGUUUGUUUCAAAUCAUAGGUAGUUCUUCUUUACGAGUAUCGCUCCCAUCUCGUCCAGCAGACUCAACAUUACGUGCACAAAAUCAUAUUUAUUACAUGUUAACAUGUUUAAGCCCGAAUGAACCACAUUUAGCAUAUAACUAUUUACAUUCGAUAGAUGAUGCAGAUGAUUUGCACAUAUUAGUGGAAGGUGAUAGUGUGGAUUAUUACUUAUUUUAUGAUGAUGAUGGUCACGUCGAACAUAAAGUCUUAGGUCAUGAUUAUACCACUGGGGAAGUGCCAGUUGUCACAACGCCAGGUACAAUUGCUUCCAAAGCGCUAAAACUACGUCGUGGGGAAAAUGGAUUUGCAUUCAUCGUCAGUGUCGUAACACCAGAAUGGUCAUCUGACAGAUGCAGAAUUGGAGCUGGUCAAUCGUUCCUUGACAAAUAUGUGGGAAAAGAAGAAUGGUGUACGAAAGAAUUCCUAAAAGAAUUAAUUGGACCAAACUGGAUGGACAACGACGCAACAGACAGUCGACAGUUGCACCCACCAGCCAUCAGAUAG